CAACAACGUUCAAAGGACAUAAACAAGAACCGCAUCGCUUUCAAGAUAAGCAGAAAAUACUAAAUUAGAAGGAAUUUUCAUGGUUUAAGGCUAUUUCUGCGAGUUCAGGCGAUAAAAAUGGAUAGUCAUGAGGAAGAUGGGGAGAUAAUUGACGAGGGAAGGCACCACAUUCACGUGUCUAACGAUGAUCACGAAGUCGAGGAAGAUGAAUUCAGUAUGUCAUCCUAUGAUGGCGACCAAGGAGACAGCCUGGAUAUCAAGCCCCCUCAAGCGGUCGUCCAGCGGCGGGAGAAGCGAGAGAAGAGAGAGAAGAGGGAUCGCCACCGUCACAAGGGGGAGCGACACAAAGACCGCCACAGGAGCCGCGAACAUCGGAGCCACGAGGAGCGCAGGCGAGAGCAUCGACGGCACAGGGAUCGUGGCGAUGGAGGCGAAAGGAGGGAGAACCGCGACGGUCGAAAGCACAAGGACAGAAGUAGCAAGCAUGAGAGGCAGGUGGUUGAUCUCCGAACUAAGCUGGACAAGGGGAGGAAAAUGGUUGACAGAGAAAUGGAACGACGAAGAGACCGAGGACGAGACAUUGAAUACUACAUUGAUGAGAAGGACCAGUACGAACAUCUCGAUUACCACCGCGAACAUUCCAGUCGAGGGGGAAUGGGAAGUGGAGGAAUGGGUGCCAGCGAACAUCCUGCUUAUGUGCACCACCGGAGAGAAGAUCGCAUGAUGGUCCAGCUCUCACCGAGGGAAAGAGCGGAACGUGAACGGAGAAUGGAAAGGUUCCUUGUGGCAGGGAGUAGCAGGUAUAACAAAGACCAUAGUGUUGGUUAUGGUGCUGACAACUGGCUGACACACAACACAAUUUACCAACCUCAUGCCUGUUUUCAAAAUGAAAAGCAAAAGGAGUUGUCCCAGCGCGAGGCCGAGUCCCGCAGGCAGAGAAGAGAGGAAGAGAGACGGGAGGAGCAGCAGAUGGUGAGGCACCGAGGGGACAGCAUGCAGUACAGACACUCUCGGCCGCACUCCCCCAUCGAGAUGCAUAAGAAGCGCAAAUACCAUCAUCAGGAUCACUAUGUGGUUGCAGAUGGCAUAGAUGAAGUAACCGUCGUCAGCGAGGAGGAGGAGGACGGUGAGUACGAAGACACCGUCAUCAGCCACGACGAGAGGAAAGGCUCCAAUGAGAGGAAGUCGGAUGAGGAGAGGAAGAAGAAGAAGAAGAGAAGAAAAGAGGUUGAUGACACCAUGAAGGAGGAGGUCAGAAUGGAGCAGUCUGACACGGCAGGGAGUGGCUCAUCCGACAGCGAGUCAGAUUCAGAGAGGGUUCGCUCACCAACACCCCCUCAGAGGAACCAGUACCAUUCGGAUAGCACCAGUAGCGAAACUGAAGUCGAAGAGGAGGUGAAGAAUGAAGAGGAUGUCAAAGAAGCAAAAGAUACAGCUGCUGACCAGUUGUCGGUGUCAGGAAGUGGCUCAGCAUCAGCGAGGUCUGGCACUUUGUCUCCUUCUCAGGCUGGACGUUAUGAGGACUCGCCCAGAGUCGAGGAUCGCCGUUCAGACCGAGAAGAGGCAGAGUAUUUGGAUGACUCUCCCCCAGAAUCUCCAGUAGAGUUGAAGGAGCAACUGCCUUCCUACUAUCCAGCCAUCAUGGGGUGUCGUUCCGUUGAUGAGUUCGAGUGCCUCAAUAGAAUUGAAGAAGGAACAUAUGGAGUGGUUUAUAGAGCCAGGGAAAAGGCAACCAACCAGAUAGUCGCCUUGAAAAGACUGAAGAUGGAGAAGGAGAAGGAAGGUUUCCCCAUCACGUCACUGAGAGAAGUCAAUACUCUCUUGAAGGGCCAGCAUGAGAACAUAGUGACUGUGCGAGAAAUUGUUGUGGGGAGCAACAUGGAUAAGAUUUAUAUUGUAAUGGAUUAUGUGGAACAUGACCUGAAGAGCUUGAUGGAGACAAUGCGUUUGAAGAAGCAGAUGUUUACCAUUGGAGAGGUCAAGACACUCAUGAUCCAGUUGUUAAGAGCUGUCCAUCACCUACAUGACAACUGGAUUCUGCACAGGGAUCUUAAGACUUCCAAUCUGCUGCUUUCACAUCGAGGGAUCCUGAAGGUGGGUGAUUUUGGGCUAGCCAGGGAGUAUGGAUCGCCUCUCAAACACUACACACCUGUUGUUGUCACAUUGUGGUACCGAGCACCUGAAUUGCUGUUAGGAUCCAAGCAAUACUCUACGCAUAUUGAUGUGUGGUCUGUUGGAUGUAUUUUCGGAGAACUGCUGGGCAUGGAGCCAAUGUUUCCUGGCAAAUCAGAGAUUGAUCAGCUGAACAAAAUUUUCAAGGACCUGGGAACACCAAGUGAAAAGAUCUGGCCUGGGUACGGCCAGCUACCCUUGGUGAAGAAGACUCAGUUCGCAGAUUAUCCUUAUAAUCAUCUCCGUGAGAGGUUCAAGACAAGGCUGUCUGACCAAGGCUUCAACCUCCUCAACAGAUUUCUGACCUACAACCCACCGAAGCGCAUCACGUGCCAGGAGGGGCUGUACCACGAGUACUUCGACAAGGAGCCUCCCCUGCCCAUUGACCCCGCCAUGUUCCCCACGUGGCCGGCCAAGUCGGAGAACCCGCACGGCCGCUCCAAGAAGACGGGCAUCAGUCCCAAGCCCCCGUCCGGUGGGAAGAACUUCAAGGAUCUGGUUGACGAGACUGAAGAGCUUGCGGCCAGAGGGUUCUUCCUGGGCGGAGCGAAUUCCAGCGGGCCGGGGUUCGUGCUGAAGAUGUGAGCAGAGGGCUUCGGCAGUUUAGAAAGUCUGCCGUAGACUUACGAUUUUGGGGGGUAAAGGGGUGGGAUAUUUUUAUUUAUUUUACGGUAUUUAUUUUGUCACUAUGAAGGGAGAGAUGAAAUGGUUGGGAUUGUUGAACUUAAGAAAUGAAAUAGGGGUUUAAAUUGUAAUUAUUAUUGUCAUUAUUUUUUAUUUUUUUAAAUGAAUUCAGUUGCAGAUUCCUUCUUUAAACUUGUAACAUAGAAAGGGUAUGUACUCUUUUCCUUCACCAAUUGUAUUAUACCUUUGAAUAGUGGUACAAAAGACAAUGACGGGAAUUUUAGAAAUCUGUGAAAUGUACAUUUUGAUUAGAUAUUUGUGGCAAAAUAUUUAGUCAUCACUGAAUGUCAUGUUUUUAUAUUUAGGCUUCAUAUUUUAGCAGUAUGGAAUAUUAGAUUAAACUAUUAAUUAUGCAGGGGAGUAGAUUCUGGAUGGUUUUCCCUGAAAUACUGUGUAUUCUCCUAGGGAUUUUGUAUAUAAAACCUGAAUAAAGUAAUUUUUAUAAAA